GACUAUGCUUUGCGGGAGGUUUUGCACUCAACCAAAGUAAUAACACAGAUGACAAGGAAGACAACCCUCAGAAGGUGUAAUUCACUGCUGCAAUGAUGUGGAUGUACUUAGUGGUCCUUAUAUUGACUUCAACUUUCUGCUGCACACAAGCUGGGUCGAUAGGAGAAGAGAGAAGCGCCCUCGUUUGUGAAGGAGGGAAGCAGAAAAUCAGGUGCACGCAUCAAAAAAUUGAAAUAAUUUCUGCAGUCUAUGGAAGAACAGACCGCAGUGUGUGUCAGUGGGGACUAGAUUGGAUGGUUGCUUGGGCGUGGAAUGUCAACUGCCGCGCACCUAAUACAUUCGAUAUCGUCAAGAAAGAAUGUGACACCCUGUCCGAAUGCGACCUGCAUGCCAAUAACGCAGAAUUCGGAGACCCGUGCUUCGCAACGAAGAAGUACCUAACGGUCAAAUACAGAUGCACCGGCCGGAUUACACCAGGCGACACCAGAAGGGCUCGCGUAUGUGAAAAUCACAAGAUAUCACUCGAAUGUCCUGAGAAACGCAAUAUCGACAUCGUGUGGGCAAACUUUGGCCGUCUCAAGGGUGGUCACAUCUGUGGUGAUGGUUUCUUCGGAGUAUUUUCCUGGAACCAAGCCUGCCAUCAUCAAGAAAAGUCCAAGCAAAUUGCCAAGAAAACUUGUCAAGACACGGAACAAUGUACUCUGGAUGCCACCGUUGAAACAUUUGGAGACGCCUGCUUUGGUACCACCAAAUAUUUGGAGGUCCGAUACAGAUGCUGCCCCAAGAAGGGUGGAUGUGACUGAAACUAAAUCAACGCAUCAAGAAAUAGCGAGACCUCGACCGGCCGAUCUAAUAUGACUCGGAGACGGGGGAAAGGAUCAAGGCUACGUUCUGUUUUGUUUGUUUUGUUUUGUUUGUUUCUUUUUUCCUUUGGAGUGGGUAUAGUAACUUUGUGAGGCAUGAUUAUGCAGCUUCUCGCAGCAAUUUAAAUAAAGAAAGUUUAUUGACAUGUCAAAUGUCAUGUACUGACG